AUGGUAAAGGAAAUUGCGGGUUCAGGGUAUAAGAUUGUUGUGACGAUUGAUUUCCUAACUGCUUCAGUUUUUUGGGCUUUGCUUCGAUUUCUCGGAGAAAAUAUGACCAAGGCUCAAGCGAUCCCUUCAUUCAGAAGCUUAAGGCGAGCAUGGAGAGGAUUUCGACCUGAAGUUUUAGAACUGUUAAAGCAGUCCCUUGUAAAAUCUAAGAAAUCAAAACGUGUGAAACCAAAUGUACGCAAGUCACGUAAUAGUCGUAAUUCAAAUAAUAAUAGAAUUCCACGUAACCGCCGUACUCCAGUUAUUUGUCGCAGUCCUAUCUAUCUUCGCAGUUGUGCUAAUCGCGUAAAUCCAAUUAAUCCUCCUAGUUCAACCGAACAUCGCGAUUCAAAUGAACAUAACACUCAUUGCACUCGUGGCUCAAAUAAACAUAACACUCAUCGCACUCGUCGCAGCUCAAAUAAACAUAACACUCAUUGCACUCGCGGCUCAAAUAAUGAAGCUACAUUGAAAAAGUCAGAGACUUCGUCAAAAGUACAAGACACAGUGAAGCCAAAGACUAUCGGUUACCCUUUAUUUUGUCCGUAUUGUGAUGGGAAUUUGCGUGCUAUUGAUAAACAUCGGGAAGAUGGAAAGUUUGCCUUACAAUGCAGAAAUCGAAAGUGUCUGAAAUUUCUUGGUCUUACAUCUCCUGAAAAUAAGAGACUUUUACAUACCAGCCACUUAAGUGAAUAUGGAUGGUAUAUGUCAAAUCCAGUGAAGCAUGCUUACAGAAUUAUCAGAGAUGAUGAAUAUCCUCCGGAUUGUAAAAGGCGUGUUCCUACACCAAUUAUUGAAAACGGACAUCUAAUGAUUCAUAUUUUGGGACAGAAGGCACUUGUACAGAUGUUGUAA